AAAGCGCGCCGGUUUUCCUUGCGGCUGCCUACCGACAAGGCGCGCUCCUCCUGCGCAAGCCGCUACCACGCGGCCGGCUAGCCGGCUAAUUAGCAGGUCGGCUAACAACACAGACCCCAACAAAGAGAUGCGCUAUGCGGCUAGGCUAGGCACAUAGUGGUGCUGCGGUUCUAGUCGGGCAAUAUUUCUCCACGAUGGGGAGCACAUUGCAGCACAGGGUUAAAUCAGUAACCUUGUGUUAAGAAAAGCGAUAAAGUUAAUCCGACAAGACGCUGUUCGGGACCCGGCGAGCUGCCUUAGCCGCCGUGCGCGGCCUCGUCCUGCAGGAGCGGACAGGCAUGCUGCCGGUUUUCUCGUCGGAUAAUCCGCUGGAUAUCUGGGAGAUAUCGCUUCGACGUAAAAGGGGGGAGGUGGGCAGGGAGGGUACUGACUCUGCGCUGAAUGAGCAUUGAGGAAGCGCGGUUUGCUUCAUUCGUUACGGUUCAGUUUGAGGUUAGGGGCAUCUGAGCCGAGUAGUAUGUUCCGCUUGUAUGUACUCGUAAUACUGCAUGAUCUGUAAUAUGCAUGUUUUUGCAAACGUUUCCAUAUGCCGCACGUCCGGCUUUUCCUAUAUAAAACUACUGCUGAAAAUGAAGUGGGUUAACCAAACAGAAUGAGUUGGGUGCCCAGGGCCUAAGUGAAACAUGUCUGCCAAGACAUCCGUGUAUAAGUCUAUCGUGCACUACUCUGAUGCAGUUUCACGGCCACUCUGGGGGCAGCCCCAACAGUGCCAUGGCUGAUGGAAGGAUUUAUGUAGGGAACCUUCCGACUGACGUGCAGGAGAGAGACAUUGAGGACCUUUUUUUUAAGUUUGGGAAGAUCCGGGACAUCGAGUUGAAGAACAACAGGGGCACGAUCCCAUUCGCGUUUGUCCGCUUUGAGGACCCAAGGGAUGCGGAGGAUGCAGUGUAUGGGAGGAAUGGCUAUGGCUUCGGGGACUGCAAGCUGCGUGUGGAGUACCCUCGCUCCUCCGCCUCGAAAUUCACUGGCCCCAUGGGAGGGGGUCCCAGGGGGCGAUUUGGGCCCCCGACUCGAAGGUCCGAGUUCCGUGUCAUAGUGACCGGCCUCCCCCCGACUGGCAGCUGGCAGGACCUGAAGGACCACAUGCGGGAAGCAGGGGACGUGUGUUUCGCUGACGUCCAGCGAGACGGAGAGGGUGUGGUGGAGUUUCUGAGGAGGGAGGACAUGGAGUAUGCACUGCGCCGACUGGACCGGACCGAGUUCCGAUCGCACCAGGGUGAGACCUCAUUCAUCCGGGUCCACGAGGAGCGGGGUUCCAGCUGGGGCCGGUCACGGUCCCGGUCCAGGUCUCGGGGACGAUACUCACCCCCCUACCAAAGCCGGGGCUCCCCCCCGCCACGCUACCAGUCCCCACCUCCGCGUCGACAUUCGCUGUCCUAUCACAGCCCCCCUCCUCGCCGUCUCCCUGUACAGCACAGCCCACCACCACGCCACUACCGGUAAAAUCAGAGGUUGCACUAAUGGCUGGAAGACCCCCCCCGCUGGUUUCUUCCCCUUUGCUCCACACCAUCCAUGCCCCCCAACCCAUUUAAUUUACAUUCCACAAUCAGGACUGUCCCCAAAGAGAGAUUUGCCUCUGAAAUCACCAAGCCACCUGGGAAUCUGAGUUGGUGUGUGUGUGUAUGUGUGUUUGAGAGACAGACUGACAAGUCAGAUUUGGCAUAUAGUUUUAAUGAGCUUGAUUAUUGUCCUCCAGUGCACAACCGCACAGUAUCAAAAUUGGCACAUUGUGACCCCUCAAACCUUGCCCCCCCCCUUUUUUUAUUUUAUUAUUACCACCAUCCCCUUUGUAAACACGAACUGUUCUGAAUCCUGGUUGUGUUGUGGAACUAAGGGUUUGAGUCCUUUCUGGACACACCUGGCAUUUUUGUUUUUUUUCUUCGUUAUCUAAACUUCUGUCUGUUGACAGUUAUGUGAAUUUUCUUUUGUUUUAAAUAAAAGUGGCAAAACAAUU